GUUGGCAGGUAUCGCUAAUAAAGCAGUUUUCAAACCUUGCAGCUCCUCUAUGGGAUCUUGGACACCGGAGAUUUCCUCCAGUAAACUCUCAAUUGACGCAGCCAUGUCUGCGAAUUUGGACCAACGUUGCAGUCACGUACUGUUUAUUUCCGCCUCUGUGCUUCUUCUACUCCACGCUUCUGACUGUUGCUAUCCAACACCGCCACCUCUUGGGCUGAGUAUGAAACUUCAAAGGAUUCAAGGCUUUGUUGUCCAUUGCAAUAAUAACAUUGCAAUUGUUAUGUCUGCAGUGAAAUUCUUCUUUCCAUGUGCAAUGUACCACGGAGCUCUUCUGGUGACAUUUGAUAUGUAGAAAAAUUAAUUAAUAAUAAAAAAGUAUAUGAAUACUCAAAACCUUAGUUUAAAGCUGUGAAACUCAAUUUGUUUGUCACAGCAGGAAUAAUAAUCAACCUAGAACGUGUACGUUUAUCAGAAAAUGCAGUUGAAUUUUCUUCUUGUUCUUGUUGUUGCUGAAAAUGCACAUCAGCCUCAUAUGUAAGCGAUAAAACAUGUCUGGACAUGGUGGUAACCCUAAUAAAAUUGUGGUAUGAUCCAGUUAUUCCUCACAGGUGUCAUUAAUGUUGCAUGAUGCAGGUUAUGAGGUUUAGGGUGCUCCGUUACACGCAGCUAUAGAGUUUCAUGAAAGUGGAAACCUUGUCUGAGGGCUCGUAUUGUUGUAGCACAGACCGCAGAGGCAGCAGGUCCUCUGGUCAUCUACCGCCAAGAAACACAGUUGCAGAGGCAGGUGUCAUGCAGUGCUCUCUGUGUAAGCUGCGUACCCACCAGUGGUGUUUCCUCUUCUUCAAUGUGCUGCUCUUUCACGCCUUGCUGUUUGGGGCAGACUUUGUCGAGGAGUACCUCCUGCAGCCUACGCCUGCUCUCUACACCGAUGGUACCGUUGUUGAUGUAAGGGAGAAAGCAAGGAAACUAGACCUGGGUAAUGCCAGGGAGAAUGCGUCCCAGGCCUACAAUAUCAUUAACCCCAAUACCUGCAGAAACUCUGACCUCUUCAUCCUAGCACUAGUUUUCAGCUCUCCGGCAAAUUUCACUCAGCGAGAUGCCAUCAGGAGGACAUGGGCCAACCAAACACUCAUUCAAGGCUUCCCGGUGAAGGUACUGUUCUUUUUAGGAUCAACUCAGACUUCUGCUGCUCAAGAUGCUCUCAUGAAAGAAUCUGUCCACUAUGGGGACAUGGUCCAAGGUCAUGCUGUGGCUGACUCAUCUCUACGAGGCCCAACAGAGAGGACUGUGCUGGCACUCCGCUGGGUGAUCACCUUCUGUCCUCUGGCACGUUUUGUUCUGUUGACCAAAGACUCUGUGUUUGUCAAUCUCCCUGCCAUUGGAAACUACCUACUUGGUCUACACAGGCACCCCGAGGACCUCUAUCUGGGUAGGGUGAUCCAGAAAGACUCACCUGACAGAGACCCCAAUAGUUCUGGCUACCUUCCCCCAGUUCUCUAUCCUCACAAGUACCUGCCUGACUACUGUGAUGGGACGGCUUAUAUUCUGUCUCAAGAUGUGGUUAGAAAAGUGUACGUGGCAUCUGCAGCAGUCCAUGCAGCAGUGACAGCUGAUGUUUUUGUGGGCAUGUGUGCUCAGAAGGCUGGUGUGGCUCCAACACACAGUGCUAGGUUUUCAGGAGGCAAACACAUCCGCUACAAUGCCUGCUGCUACCGCUAUCUGUUAACGUCAGCGGGAAUGAGGAGCCAUGAACUAGAAACAGUUUGGGCAGAUCUAGGACAGAGGGCUGGACGAUGCUCACUGUUACGGACAUACUAUGGCCUGGUGACUUGCAAGGCCCUCACAUACCUGGAUAAACUGUCCUUCUUCAACUCCCGGGGACAAGCUUAAUCACAGUGUGUAAUUACUUUGAGUGUGCUUGUGAGUGACAGAGACUAACAGGAAGUGGGAUUUAAAUAAUUAAAAGUCCGCAAAAGAGUCCGCAAGUUCAUUGUCCUUGUGCACAUGUGUUUGGCACAGUUUGGUUUAGUCAUUAUUUUU